GCCACGUUGCGCAUGCGUAUUGCGGACGUCGCCAUUCCUGGCCCGUGGUAAAACUGCGUCUCACCUGCUCCUGAGGGCUGUAGGUGGCUCUGGUGCAUCCUUUGUCGCGCCGUGACCUGUAGAUACUGACAUCAGUAGGGAGGACACCGGGACUUCCCGAACGCUGGGAAAUGAACUCAGUCUCCUUUGAGGAUGUGGCUGUGAACUUCACCCUGGAGGAGUGGGCUUUGCUGGAUUCUUCACAGAAAAAGCUCUACAAAGAUGUGAUGCGGGAGACCUUCAAGAACCUGGUCUGUCUAGGGAAAAGGUGGGAAGACCAGCACAUUGAGGAUGACCACAGAAACCUGGGGAGAAAUCGAAGAGGUCAUAUGGUUGAGAGACUCUGUGAAAGUGGAAAAGGUAGCAAAUGUAGAGAAACCACCAGCCAGAUGCCAAACGUUAACAUCAACAAGGAAACUUUUACUGGAGCAAAACGACGUGAACGCAGCUUUUGUGGGAAAGACUUCGUGCAUCAGUCAUCCCUUAAUAAGCACAUGAGAUCUCACACUGGUCAGAAACCAAAUGAGUAUCAGGAAUAUGAAAAGCAACCGUGUGAACGUAAAGUGCCUGGGAAAGCCUUCAGUUAUCGCCACUGUUUUCAGAAACAUGAAAGAACUCACACUGGAGGGAAGCCCUAUGAAUGUAAACAGUGUGGGAAAGCCUUUAUUUAUUACCAACCUUUUCAGAGACAUGAAAGGACUCAUACUGGAGAGAAACCCUAUCAAUGUAAACAAUGUGGAAAAACCUUUGUAUAUUACCAGUCUUUUCAAAAACAUGCUCAUAUUGGAAAGAAGCCCUAUGAAUGUAAACAGUGUGGGAAAGCCUUUAUAUGUUACCAGUCUUUUCAAAGACACGAAAGGACCCACACUGGAGAGAAACCCUAUGAAUGUAAACAGUGUGGUAAGGCCUUCAGUUGUCCCACUUACUUUCGAACUCAUGAAAGAACUCACACUGGAGAAAAACCCUAUAAAUGUAAAGAAUGUGGUAAAGCCUUCAGUUUUCUCAGUUCUUUUCGAAGGCAUAAAAGGACUCAUAGUGGAGAGAAACCGUAUGAAUGUAAAGAAUGUGGAAAAGCCUUCUUUUAUUCUGCAAGCUUUCGAGCACAUAUAAUAACACACAGUGGAGCACGACCUUAUAAGUGUAAAGAAUGUGGGAAAGCCUUCAACUCUUCUCAUUCCUGUCGAGUGCAUGAAAGAAAUCACAUUGGAGAAAAACCAUAUGAAUGUAAACAAUGCAGCAAAUCAUUCAGUUGGUCCAUUUCUCUUCGAAUGCAUGAAAGAACUCAUACUGGAGAGAAACCUUAUGAAUGUAAACAGUGUCAAAAAGCCUUCAGUUUCUCAAGUUCCCUUCGGGAACAUGAAACAACUCACACUGGAGAGAAACCCUAUGAAUGUAAACAAUGUGGGAAAACCUUCAGUUUUUCAAGUUCCCUUCAAAGACAUGAAAGGACUCACAAUGCAGAGAAGCCCUAUGAAUGUAAACUGUGUGGAAAAGCCUUCAGGUGUUCAAGUUAUUUUCGAAUUCAUGAACGAUCUCACACUGGAGAGAAACCCUAUGAAUGUAAACAGUGUGGAAAAGUUUUCAUUCGUUCCAGUUCCUUUCGACUGCAUGAAAGAACACACACCGGAGAGAAACCCUAUGAAUGUAAACAAUGUGGGAAAACCUUCAGUUUUUCAAGUUCCCUUCGAGAACAUGAAAAAAUUCACACCGGGAAUAAACCUUUUGAAUGUAAACAAUGUGGUAAAGCCUUCCUUCGUUCCAGUCAAGUUCGAUUGCAUGAAAGGACUCACACUGGAGAGAAACCAUAUCAGUGUAAACAGUGUGGAAAAGCAUUCAUUUCUUCCAGUAAAUUUCGAAUGCAUGAGAGAACUCACACAGGAGAGAAACCCUAUCGAUGUAAACAAUGUGGGAAAGCCUUCAGAUUUUCAAGUUCUGUUCGAAUUCAUGAAAGAUCUCACACUGGAGAGAAACCUUAUGAAUGCAAACAAUGUGGAAAAGCCUUCAUUUCUUCCAGUCACUUUCGACUGCAUGAACGGACUCAUACUGGAGAGAAAGCCUAAGAAUGUAAGCAGCAUUCUAAAGCCUUUAGUUGUUCCAGUUCCUUCUGAAUACAUGAAAGAGUUCAUACUGGACAGAAGCUGUGUGAAUACAAACAUUGCUUUGAAGCCCUUGAUUGUUCCAGUUUCUUUUGAACACAUGAAAGAAUUCCCACUGGUGAAAAACUACAUGAAUGUAAACAUUGUGAUUAAGCCUUCAGUUGACCUAAUUCAUUUCAAAGACAAGACUCCUGCUGCAGUGAAAUCUGUUUAAAAAAAAAUGGGCCAGGCACGGUGGCUCACGCCUGUAAUCCCAGCACUUUGGGAGGCCGAGGCAGACAGAUCAUUUGAGGUCAGUUUGAAACAAGUUUGGCCAACAUGGUGAAACCCCAUCUCUACUAAAAAUUACCAAAAAUUAUCCAGGCAUGGUAGUGCAUAUCUGUAAUCUCAGCUCCUCAGGAGGCUGAGGCAGGAGAAUUGCUUGAACCCGGGAGGCAGAGGUUAUAGUGAGCUGAGAUCAUGCCACUGAACCCCAGCCUGGGUAACAAGAGAGAAACUCUGUCUCCAAAAAAAAAAAAAGAAAAAGAAAAAAGAAAGUGCUCGCUGGAACCCACCAGAGCCCACCAAGUAAAUGCCCACCAAAGGAGUAGAGGCUGUUUCCUGGGAGCCUGCUAGUUAUGCAAAGGACAAAGGCAUUUCUGUGUUGGGCCUUGUUUCUUUAUUUAAGUGAGCCGAAGGUUUGUGCAAGUUUUCUUAUCUUGAGUGGGCUACAAAUUCUAUCUGUGCAGCUGCAGGCAUGUCUCCAGGCACAAAUCCCUGUGUUAAUUAUUAUUAUUUUUAAUGCAGUCAGAGCACUUGUGAUAUGUGGGAAUCACAUAUCAAGCCAAGGCAUGACCAGUGGCUUGGGGGCUUUCCAGACACCCUUCCCUUGCUAUGUACCUAAGCCAAGCUAGCCAAUUCUUCUCACUUCUUGUUCCAACACCUUUUUAUUCUUCUCAAAUUCCUUACAUUUCUGUGGUAUCGUUUUCAUAGAUAAUAAUUCCUGUUGCAGAACUUGAUUGUUUUUAUCUAGAUAUAGACAUUUUGAAGAUGCAGCUUUCAGUUCUGCUGUAAGAUUAUCAAUCUUGUGUUUUAUCUUAUUAAUCUGAAUAUCUAUUUCAAGUUGACUCAUUUUUGUUUUUUUUUAAAGGGCUGCUCCUUGCAGAGCAGGGCCACCCCACAAGCAGUGUGCCCAGAGGAGCAGCCUCAAGUUGAGUACUUUUUAAAUCUCUGUGGAAACUAAACUCUUCAGUUUCGUAUUCAUUUAACUUCUUUUCUGUCAUUUCUUUGUUUUGUUUUUGAGAUGGAGUUUCGCUCUUGUUACCCAGGCUGGAGUGCAAUGGCGUGAUCUCGGCUCACCGCACCCUCUGCCUCCUGGGUUCAGGCAAUUCUCCUGCCUCAGCCUCCUGAGUAGCUGGGAUUACAGGCACGCACCACCAUGCCCAGCCAAUUUUUUGUAUUUUUAGUAGAGAUGGAGUUUCACCAUGUUGACCAGGAUGGUCUCGAUCUCUUGACCUCGUGAUCCACCCGCCUCGGCCUCCCAAAGUGCUGGGAUUACAGGCGUGAGCCACUGCGCCCAGCCUUUUUCUGUCAUUUCUAAGAGUUUCUUGUACAUCUUAGUUCAAGACCAUGAAACCACUCACAAAUUUAAGAGCAGCUUCUUGAGUGUAAGCGAUAUGGAAAUGUCUUCAAUUACAUAUGCAACUCUUUCCACCAUCUUAGGACAAACUGAAGGACUGAGGAGAAAGGACCGGGGACCCAAUAGGCCUUUCUUGGAAUCCAGUCUGAAGUUAAGAAACAGUCUCAGCUGUUAGCUCACACACAUGACUGCACAGAAUUAAGAGGGCGCCCACAAUCUGCCUUUAAGUUCCCAUCAGUGUCCUUGGUUCAGACCUUUGGGAAUGUUGAGUUUCUGAAAACAAAGGUGUGUCCCACAGUUCUCCAGCGGCAUCUGCCUGUGGACACCCUAUUUCACAGCUGUCAGCAUCAUGUCAUUCCAAGGCCAUCUGGAGGUCAUCUCUAGCUCUGUUUCCCAUCCAAACCCACACUGUAGAUUCUUGCUGGUAAAUGUGUUUAAAAGUUCACACCAGAACAUCUCUCUGUGACAGCCCAGGUAGCUCUAAAGUGAGAGGGCUGGAGAAGCCGAGGCAGAACCUGUGUCAUGGGACACAUGCCCUUUGGCCAUAUAAGAUCCACUGUCCCAUAACCACCAGCUCUGUACCAAUCUCCACAGAAGUCUCAAAACCAACAGUGGUACCACAGAGACAUGCCCUACCAUGUUCCAGCUACAGGACAUAGACGAGAUCAGGCACAUUCAGGGUGGUAUGACCCCAGACUGCAGGACACAACCAAACUUCUUACUUUCCCUAGCUGGCCCACCCCAGAUUUUCUGGCACAUUCCACCUGGCUUGGGCCCCGACCGUGACGAGGCCUGCUCUCUUCAGCGCGUGUCGUGUGUGCUGCUUUGGGGCUGGUUUUGUAGCCACGCCUCCAAGGCCAGCACUUAUGCUUCAUGGAACAAGACGCACCCUGCAGAACUUCAGCCUGUGGUGUACAGGAAGUCACCAUGUCAGAGAAGCGCCACCGGCCAUGGAGGCGACUUGCUUCAUGUCACUCCCAGAACACAAGGUGAACUGAACUCCCAUGAAACUGUUCUGACACCACCGAAGAGUUCCUCCUUUGCUGAGCUGUGCAGCCAUGGUAGGUGUCAGCCCCUUCCUUUGGUGGAGGCAGUGCCCACUGUUACCUGGAUAGCAAGUCACAGUGUCGUGCCAGGGACGUGACAAGAAUGAGGGAAGCCAGCUCACCAUCCAAUCUCACAACUUCCUGUCUUUCCCUGGGUACCAGAAGUGACAUUUCUCUCACUUCAAGACUUUUAGUCUGAGUUUUGUAGGCCUCCAUCCUACCCCAACAGCAGACAUGCGUCAGGGGCAGCCUUGAGCAUGGUGGGGUCCCGUGAGGACAUCUAGGGGUAGUUCUGUGGCAGAUGUGCCUCAGUGGAAGUGAGGACUACCAGGAAGCGCUCAGAGGACAGCAUGCAUCUGAGCCAUGAGAGCCAUGCCUUGCUGCCCUCACUUUGCGCUCACUGGAAAAGCAAACUGAUAAAAGGUGAAGUCCUGAGGGAUGUUUCUGGAAGCAUCUACUAUGAUAACAGCUGAGGGGCUGGAGCAGCAGCAUCAAUCCAUUUCCAGCCCUUAACUUUCACAUCCUUGAACUCCCAUUUUCUACAUUUACAGAAAAGCACUUUUUUUUUUUUUUUUUUUUGCGACAGUCUCACUCUGUCACCCAGGCUGGAGUGCAGUGGUGGGAUCAUAUUCACUGCAACCUUGACCUCCUGGGCUCAAGUGAUCCUCCUGCCUCAGCUUCCCAAGUAGCUGGGACUACAGGUGUGUACCACUACACCUGGCUAAUUUUUGUAUUUUUUUUAUAGAGAUGGGGGGUUUCACCAUGUUGCCCAGGCUGGUCUCAAACUCCUGACCUCAAGCGAUCUGGCCACCUCAGCCUACCGAAGUCCUGGGAUUAGAGGCAUGAGCCACUGCACUACCUGGGAGGAGACUUGAGAUUGGGACCUUUUGUCACCAAAGUAGAAAUGCCAAGUGCUCGGGAGGACAUAAGGCAGAGGACGCAGAGGAGUGAACACAGCUGCACCUGAGGCCAGGUUCUUGAAGGUUUCCAGCAUCACAUCUCUGUAGAGCUGCUUCCGGGAAGGACUCAGCAAAGCCCACUCCUCCUGGGUGAAGUUCACAGCCACAUCCUCAAAGGCCACUGAGUCCUGAAAUAUCCCACAAGUGUGGAGGAGGAGGGAUGAGACUCAGCACUGUUGGGGAUCUCUACUCAAUACACAAGUGGUCUUAUGAAGCCAGCUCUCCAAACACUCGCUUCAAGACUGAGUCACCACACACGCUUCCUCCCUCACAGCAGUUCCGGUGUUAGAACUGACCUACUCAGAGAGGCAGCCGCAGAAAGGAACACCCUCUCCAUGGUGGGUCCAGGGAGGCAGUCGUGCUGCUGCGUUGCCCUGAAUGCUCAUUGCAGAGUGGCUCUCUAGUACCUGUCACCACAAACUCCUACAACCUGGUGUGCAGACAGCACUCAUUUUAGUAGUCCUGGGGCUGGGAAUCCUUAAAAAGGUCUGUUUGCCAAGUUUGACCUUCGCUACCAUCAGGGAACUUACAAGAGGGAUCCCAUCAACCUAAGUGACAGAGGGCUGGCUGUGGCUAAAUGGUUUCUGACAGUGACAAACAGGAUGGUACUGACUGAAUCAUUUUCCUUCUGAAAGCCUAUUUUAUUCCCUACUACAAGCAGUGCCUAGGGGACCAGCCCCCAAAAAGCCCUCCAGCCACUGAGUCUCAAAUGAGCUUUCCUGGUAGACAACAGAUCACAUAUGUUGUACAACGUGUCCACUGGGGCAAUGAGCUCAUCCCAUGUAUUUACAUCAAGAGAGAACAUCUGGAAGCUUGCAAGCAGUUUACUCUCAACCAAAUUUCAUCAAGUAGUAAGACUCAUCAUCAAUACUGAAUCACCCUAAUGGAAGAAUUUUUAAAUUUCUAUGAGUUAAUGCCAAAGCAGAGUGGAGUAAGUGGAAAGAUGACACGUGUUUCAAGAAAAAACUCAAUGUCUCUAAGAUGUCACUUCUUCCAAAUGGUAUCUUUAUAAAAUUCCAUAAAUACCCAAUACAGCCAAGUGCGGUGACUCACACCUGUAAUCCCAGCACUUUGGGAGGCCGAGGUGGGUGGAUCACUUAGGAAGAGGCGUUCCGGGGCUGGGGGCGGUGGCUCAAGCCUGCAAUCCCAGCACUUUGGGAGGCCGAGGCGGGUGGAUCACGAGGUCAAGAGAUCGAGACCAUCCUGGUCAACAUAGUGAAACCCCGUCUCUACUCAAAAUACAAGAAAUUAGCUGGGCAUGGUGGUGCGUGCCUGUAAUCCCAGCUACUUGGGAGGCUGAGGCAGGAGAAUUGCCCGAACCCAGGAGGCGGAGGUUGCAGUGAGCCAAGAUCGCGCCAUUGCACUCCAGCCUGGGUAACAAGAGCAAAACUCUGUCUCAAAAAAAAAAAAAUAAAAGAACGGGCGUUCGAGACUAGCCUGGCCAACAUAGUGAAACCUCGUCUCUACUGAAAAUACAAAAAAUUAGCCAGGCAUAAUAGCGCAUUCCUGUAGUCCCAGCUACUCAGGAGGCUGUGGCAGAAGAAUCAUUUGAACCCAGGAAGUAGACGUUAUAGUGAGCUGAGAUCACACCACUGUAUUCCAGCCUGGGCAACAGAGCGAGACUCUGUCAAAAAAAAAAAAAAAAAAGUCCCCAAAACAGGUAUUUUAGGUCAACAAAAACUACUUUUCCAAACCUAAUAGGAAUUAACAUGUAAUAAUUGUUGAUGCUUUCUGAAGAGCAGGUGGAUGGCUUGCCUAACAAACACCAGGGAUUUCCAGCAGGGGAGGUGGCUAACGCCUAUAAUCCCAGCAUCCCAGUACGUUGGGAGGCAGAGGCAGGCGGAUCACCUGAGGUUGGGAGUUCGAGACCAGCAUGACCAACAUGGAGAAACCCCAUCUCUACUACAAAAUUAGCCGGGUAUGGUGGCACAUGCCUAUAAAUCCAGGCUACUCAGGCUGCUGAGGCCAGAGAACCGCUUGAACCCAGGAGGUGGAGGUUGCGGUGAGCUGAGAUUGUGCCGUUGCACUCCAGCCUGGGCAAUAAGAGUGAAACUGUCUCAAACAAACAAACAAACACACACCAGCGAUUUCCAAACCAUCACAUUCAGGACAGCAUACUAUUAGGAGAUAAACAGAUAGAUCAAGGGAAAAGAAGAGCGUCUUCAAUGGAUCAGUAUUUAUAUGAAAACUUGGUUAGUAAUAGAGCAGGCAUUGUAUAGUAGUAGGGCAGACACCUGAGGUCAGGAGUUCGAGAUCAGCCUGGCCUAAACAGUAAAAACCAAUCUCUAUUAAAAAUACAAAAAUUAGGGCCAGGCGUGAUGGCUCAUGCAGGUAAUGCCAGCACUUUGGGAGGCCAAGGUGGGUGAAUCACCUGAGGUUGGAAGUUAAAGACCAGCCUGAGCAACAUGGAGAAACCCUGUCUCUACUAAAAAUACAAAAUUAGCUGGGUAUGGUGGCGCAUGACUGUAAUCCCAGCUACUCAGGAGGCUGAGGCAAGAGAAUCACUUGAACCUGGGAGGCAGAGGUUGCAGUGAGCCAAGACAGUGCCAUUGCACUCCAGCCUGGGCAACAAGAGCGAAACUCCAUCUCAAAAAAAAAAAAAAAAAAAAAAAAAAAAAUUAGCUGGGCACGGUGAGCCUGGGCAACAGAGCAAGACUCUACCUUAAAAAAUUAGCCAGGCGCGGUGGCUCAAGCCUGUAAUCCAAGCACUUUGGGAGGCCGAGGCGGGUGGAUCACAAGGUCAAGAGAUCGAGACCAUCCUGGUCAAUAUGGUGAAACCCCGUCUCUACUAAAAAUACAAAAAAUUAGCUGGGCACGGUGGCGCGUGCCUGUAAUCCCAGCAGGUGGAGGUUGCAGUGAGCCGAGAUCGCGCCAUUGCACUCCAGCCUGGGUAACAAGAGCGAAACUCUGUCUAAAAAAAAAAAAAAUUAAAAAAUUAAAUGUUAUGGCCAAGCACAGUGGCUUAUACCUAUGAUCCCAGUGGCUCUGGGAGGCAUACAUAGGCAGAAGGCUUCUUCAGGCCAAGAGUUCAAGACCAGAUCGGGCAACAUAGUGAGACCCCAUCUCUAGAAAAAAUUGUUUAAAACAUUAGCAAGGUAUGUUGGCAGGUACCUGUGGUCCUAGUUACUUGGGAAACUAAGGCAGGAGGAUUGCUUGAGCCCAGGAAUUCAAGGCUGUAGUGAGCUAGGAUUGUGUUACUGCAUUCCAUCCUGGGUGACAGAGUGAGACUCUCUCCAAAUAAAUAAAUAAAUAAAGAUUAACAUAAUAUUUUUCUUUUGAGACAGGAUCUCACUGUUGCCCAGGCUAGAGUGCAGUGGUAUAAUCGUGGCUCCUGUAGUCUUAAUCUCCCAGGUUUAAGUGAUCCUUCCACCUCAUCCCUUAUUCUGCGUGUGGGCACUACCACACGCAGCUAGUUUUUGUUUUUUUUUGUAGAGAUAGGAUCUCCCUGUGUUGCCCAGGCUGCUCUCAAACUCCUGGGCUAAAGCUAUCUGCCCACCUUAGCCUCUGAAAGUGCUGGGACUACAUGCAUGAGCCACUGUGCUUGGCCUAUUAUUUUUAAGUGAGGCUAAAUCACAGGUCAAUAGAAUGCUUCCCCUCACCUCACCUCUUAGACUCACAACAGCAGCAGAAUACCUACGUAACAGCAGUGCACAAAGAACUGUACAACUCAGGCUUAAUUACAGAAGUCCAUUAGAAUACUUCAGCAAAUGGGAUAGCUGAUUACAUGGACAAAUGUCUACGCAUACACAAUAUACCAAGAGUAGGGGCCGGGCGUGGUGGCUCACGCCUGUAAUCCAAGCACUUUGGAGGCCAAGGAGUUCAAGGUCGGGAGUUUAAGACCAGCUCGACCAACAUGGUAAAACAUCGUCUUAAAAAAAAUAAAAUUAAAUUAAAAAAAAAAAAAAAGAGUGAGGCAUGAAAAAUAGAAAAUCUGAACAGAACUAUAGCAGUAGGAGAUUGACAUAGUAAUAGGAGAAAAAAAAACAGCAAAAACCCAGGACACCAAAUAGUUUCACUGCUGAAAUCCACCAAAUAUUUAAAGAAGUAUUACUGUCAAUCCUCCUCAAACUCUUCCAAAACUUAAGAGGGGACACUCCAAAAACUCCUUCUAUGAGGUCAAAAUUAUGCUAACACCAAAGACAGACAUUACAAGAAAGAAAGCUACAAAUGGCCUUUAUGACUAUCGAUGUAAAAAAUCCUCAAAUAAAUGCUAGCAAGUCAUACCUCACAGCACGAUAUAUCCACGUAACAGACUUGCACAUGUACCCCUUAAAUAUAUAUAUAUGUGUAUACAUUUUUGUUUUUUUUUUUUUUGAGACAGUUUUGCUCUUGUUACCCAGGCUGGAGUGCAAUGGCUCGAUGUCGGCUCACCGAAACCUCUACCUCCUGGGUUCAGGCAAUUCUCCUGCCUCAGCCUCCCAAGUAGCUGGGACUACAGGCGUGUGCCACCAUGCCCAGCUACUUUUUAUAUUUUUAGUAGAGACGGGGUUUCACCAUGUUGUCCAGGAUGGUCUUGAUCUCUUGACCUCAUGAUCCACCUGCCUUGGCCUCCCAAAGUGCUGGGAUUAUAGGCGUGGGCCACUGCGCCCAGCCAACAAUAUUUUUUAAAAAUGAACAUGCAGAGUAAAAAUAAACGAACUCAUGAUUAAACAAUGGGAAUUUUUUUUUUUUUUUUUUUUGAGAUUGAGUUUCACUCUUGUCACCCAGGCUGGAGUGCAAUGGUACAAUCUUGACUCACUGCAACCUCUACCUCCUGGGCUCAAGCAAUUCUCCUGCCUCAACCUCCCAAGUAGCUGGGAUUACAGGCACCCACCACCAUGCCCGGCUAAUUUUUGUAUUUUUAAUAAAGACAGGGUUUUACCAUGUUAUCCAGGCUGCUCUCAAACUCCAGACCUCAGGUGAUCCACCGGCCUCAGUCUCCAAAAGUGCUGGGAUUAUAGGUGUGAGCCAUCGCACCUGGUCACAAUGGGACAAAUUUUAAAACAUGCUUAACAGAAGAUGAAAUACCAUAUGUGAAAAGAAGAUCCAUUCUUUUAUUAUUAUUUUGAAACGAAGUCUUGCUCUGUUGCCCAGGAGGGAGUGCAGUGGCAAGAUCUCAGCUCACUGCAAACUCCGCCUUGUGAAUUCAAGUGAUUCCCCUGCCUCAGCCUCCCGAGUAGCUGGGAUUACAGAAGCAUGCCACCACACCCAGCUAAUUGUUUAUUUUUAGUAGAGGCGGGGUUUCACCAAGUUGGCCAGUCCAGUCUUAAACUUCUAACCUCAGGUGAUUCACCUGCCUCAGCCUCCCAAAGUGCUGGGGUGACAGGUGUGAGCCACUGUACCCAGGCCACAAGGUCCAUUCUUUUGCCAGUGAGAAAUUAGCCACAAAAAAAUGUCAAAUAGAUGAUUUCAUGUUGACAGGGGCAAAAAUUACUCUACUGAGAGUCCCAGGUAAUGGUGAUCACAGCAAACAAAGUUAUGCAGAGAUGAAGGAUUCUAGGAUACGCUCAACUGCUAUGCCCUUGCACUUCACCAUAAUCUAAAUCCCAGUGUUCUGUCUCAUGUCCAGAGUCUUCAGGAUGCAUUUGCACUUGGCGACUGCUAUCAGAUGAUGAUAGCAGUAUUUUUCCCAAGCAAAAUGAAACUUGAAAAAAACCCGGAAACUAGAGCCACCAGAAUGAAUGAGUGAACUGGACAGCCCACAGCCGGAGACAUGAGCACGUGUGAAAUGUGCCUAGGCAAAGAAACCACCAGAACACCCUCGAAUUUUAACUCCAUCAGUACUCAUUUAUCAAAGUUCAAAGAAGGCAAAGCUAAAAAACAAUGGGUCAUGAAAAAUAACACAUGGGACCAGGUGUGGUGACUCAUAUCUGUAAUCCCAGCACUUUGGGAAAUCAAGGGGGAGGGGUGGAUCACUUGAGGUCAGGAGUUCAAGACCAGCCUGGCUGGGUAAUACGGUAAAACCCAUCUCUACUAAAAAUACCAAAAUAAAAAAAAAAUGUGCCAGGUACGCUGGAGGGUGCCUGUAAUCCCAGCUACUCGGGAGGCUGAGGCAGGAGAAUCGGUUGAAUUCAGGAGGUAGAGGUUACAGUGAGCUGAGAUUGCAUCACUGAACUUCAGCCUAGGCAAGAGUGAGACUCCAUCUCAAAAACAAAAAACAAAUAGUAGAAACAUGAAAAAUAGCCAAAGAAUCAGGGCAGUCGUCACCAAAGAGGAAAGACAGAGAUGAGUCUGGGAGGGGACCAUCAGGAACUUAACGUGAAGCCCAGGACCCGGUCAGCCACCUCAAUGAUGAUUCCAAAGAUGCAGUCAUUAGUACUACAACUUAUGACAAAUAUUUUCUUCAUUCUUCUGUGAAUAUACUUUAUAAUGAGUUUUCUUUUUCUUUCCUUUUCUUUUUGAGAUGGAGUCUCGCUGUGUCACCCAGGCUGGAGUGCAGUAGUGUGAUCUUGGCUCACUGCAACCUCGGCCUCCCAGGUUCAAGUAAUUCUCCUAUCUCAUCCUCCCAAGCAUCUGGGACUAAAGGUACAUACCACCACACCUGGCUAAUUUUUUAAUUUUUUUGUAAAAUGGGGUUUCACCAUAUUGGGCAGGCUGGUUUCGAACUCCUGACCUGAGGUGAUCUACCCACCACGGCCUCCCAAAGUGCUGGGAUUACAUGCAUAAGCCACCAUGCCCAAUCACAUUUUCUGUUUAUUUAGAUGGCUUUUCGCUCUGUCACCCAGGCUGGAAUGUAGUGGUGCAAUCACAGCUCACUGUAGCCUUUAUCUCCAGAACUCAAGCCAUCCUCCCAUCUCAGCCUCCUAAGUAGCUGGGACUACAGGUGGUAACACCACACCUGGCUAAUUUUUUUUUUUUUUUUUGAGAUGGAGUUUUGCUCUUGUUACCCAGGCUGGAGUGCAAUGGGGCGAUCUCGGCUCACCGCAACCUCCACCUCCUGGGUUCAGGCAAUUCUCCUGCCUCAGCCUCCUGAGUAGCCAGGAUUACAGGCACAUGCCACCAUGCCCAGCUAAUUUUUUGUAUUUUGAGUAGAGACGGGGUUUCACCAUGUUGACCAGGAUGGUCUCGAUCUCUUGACCUCGUGAUCCACCCGCCUCGGCCUUCCAAAGUGCUGGGAUUACAGGCUUGAGCCACCAUGCCCAGCCCACCUGGCUAAUUUUUAAAAUUCUUUGUAGAGACAGGAUCUCCCUAUGUUACCUAGGCUGGUCUCAAAUUUUUUAGCUCAAGCAAUCCUCCUGCAGCAGCCUCCCAAAGUGCUGGGAUUAUAGACGUGAACCACCACCACACCUGGCCACGAUCUGAGGUGUUUUGUUUUGUUUUUAGACAGAGUCUUGCUCUUGUUCCCCAGGCUGGAGUUCAAUGGCACGAUCUCAGCUCACCGCAACCUCUGCCUUCCAGGUUCAAGCAAUUCUCCUGCCUCAGCCUCCCAAGUAGCUGGGAUUAUAGGCACCUGCCGAUGAAGAGGGAGACCCAGGCAUCUCAGAUCAACUUCCCUUUUUCAUUCCUAAGACUGUAAACCGAAGCCCUUUUCAUAUGUAAUUCCUGAGACUGCAAACUGAGAUCCUUUUCAUAUGUAAUUCUCGAGAGACUGUAAACCGAGACCCUUUUUAUAUGUUAAGCUAUAAACCUACGAUUCUUCCACGUGUAACAUCUAAAGUAUAAGCCUAUAUAAAGAUGGAACCUUCCUUUGUUAGGCAAGCUUGGCUGUUGGUAACUAUGCCACCUUGCUCCUGGCCGAAUAAACUCCUUCCUCCUGUAUUUGGUGUCCGAGAGAUCCGUUUCCCGUGGCUGCUCCUGUUACAACAGUACGCCUGGCUAAUUUUGUAUUUUUAGUAGAGACAGUGUUUCUCCAUGUUGGCCAGGCUGGUCUCAAACUCAGACCUCAGGUGAUCUGCCCACCUUGGCUUCCCAAAGUGCUGGGAUUACAGGCGUGAGACACCAUGCCCAGCCCAAACUAAGGUUUUAGUUACAGAUUUGCAAGGAAAACACAAAACAAAACAGAGCAACAUGGCUGGGUGCAGUGGCUCACACCCAUAAUCCCGGCACUUUGGGAGGCAGAGGCAGGGGGAUCCCUUAAAUUCAGGAGUUCGAGACCAGCCUGGCCAACCUGGGGAAACCCCAUCUGUAAGAAAAAUACUAAAAUUAGCCAGGUGUAGUGGUGGGCACAUUUAAUCCCAGCUACUCAGGAGAGUGAGACAGGAGAAUCACUUGAAUCUGGGAGAUGGAGGUUGUGGUGAGCCGAGAUCAUGCCACUGCACUCUAGCCUGGGUGACAAAAGCAAGAUUCUGUCUCAAAACCAACCAACCAACCAGAGCAACACAGCUUAAGCAAAGCUCAAACUCCUGCACAAGCAGCAGGUAGAAGUGCAUGCCAGACAUCAGGAUGCAAAGCCGGUCAGCCAGUCGGGGCAAAUGAAGACAGAUCCACUGAUGGUGGGCAAUGCCUGCACACCCUGCUUACAGCCCCAGCUGUUUCAGUCACGGUGGAUAUGUGGUUGCAAGAAAGAUUUGCCACUGGACCUCACACCGUUAAUCCCAGCUACUGGGAGGCUAACAUGGUAAGAUUGGUUAAGGCCAGAGGUAGACCACCCAGGGCACCACAGUGAAAGUCCAUCUCCAAAUAAUUAAUCAAUUAAAUUUUUUUGAGUCUGAGUUUUGCUCUUACUGCCCAGGGAGGAGUGCAGUGGCACUAUCUUGGCUCACUGCAACCUUCGCCUCCUGGGUUCAAGCGAUUCUCUUGCCUCAGCCUCCUGAGUAGCUGGGAUUACAGGCACGCGCCACCACACCCAGCUAAUUUUGUAUUUUUAGUAGAGACAGAGUUUCUCCAUGUUGGACAGGUUGGUCUCAAACUUCUGAUCGCAGGUGAUCCGCCCACCUCGGCCUCUCAAAGUGCUGGGAUUACAGGCAUGAGCCACUGCACCGGGCCAAAUUUUUUUUCAAAGAGAGAACAAAAACUAUUAUACACAUAAUGGACAUCCGUGAGGAGCACAGGGCUGGCCUCUAAGAUAAUCUGACAUGGGUUGAGAGAGCAAAGAGAGCACCCUGCAUGGGUAUUUUACUGAGGACAGGGAGGAAGCCAUGGUGAGAAUUCACUUCCCAGGAGUAGGGGGGUUGGCAUGCUUUCCUUCUGCCACUGCCUUGCUGAGAUGUCACCUGAAGUUCUGGGUCUCAAUGGCCAAGGAAAUCAAGGACAUGGAUGUUAGGGUCACAACAAAACGGGCCCACAGAUGUCCCCCACCCCACCCCUGUUCCCUCCUGCUAAGCCAAAGCUUAUAACAGAAACAACCUCAGGCCUUGUGAACAGGGUACCCAGGUUCCAGGAUGCGGUCACACUUGGUUCUCAGACCCAGAAUGCUGACCCAGUUAAACAGGAUGUCGGCCCCUGAAAACCAAGAUUCAGUUUUUCUUAGACUAGACCUGCAAACCCCCUAUGUAACUCCCAUAGUGUGAGAGCUGGGCUGCUGCCUUCACUGCCUGUGGUGAGGCAGCCCAGCAGACUGAAUACAUUUGCUAAACCUGACCCUGGGGCUGCCUCUCCCUUCUUUCAGUCAACUUUACAGCAGACAUACCAAAGGUGAGGUUAGAGCAGAAGUUUAAUAAGCAAAAGGAAGAAAGCUCUCUGGGGCAGACAGGGGUCACAGAAAGAUGGGUUGAGGUUUUACAGUGAAAUACGAGAGUUUUUAUAGACAAGUCGGAGAGGAGGGGUGCUUCUUUUCCAUAAGACGUGAAUUUCUGAGUCCUCACCCCACCCUUUCUAGUGCCCACAGGCGGGGUUCUCAUCCUAAAUUACUUCCUGUUGUGUAUCUCUUCCUACCGUGCAUAUAUAAAAAUGGCGGAGGGCUGGGAGCAGCAGCUGGGGGGCGCUGGCAGAACAGUCCAAGGUGGAUGUGCCUGGCUCAGGGUAGCUCUUUUUUUUUUUUUUGAGACAGAGUCUCACUCUGUCAUAAGCUGGAGUGCCAUGGCGAGAUCUCAGCUCACUGCAACCUCUGCCUCCCUAGUUCGAGCGAUCGAUUCUCCUGCCUUAGCCUCCUGAGUAGGUGGGAUUACAGAUGCCCACCACCGUGCCUGGCUACUUUUUGUAUUUUAAGUAGUGACAGGGUUUUCGCCAUGUUGGUCUCGAACUCCUGACCUCAGGUGAUCUGCCCACCUCAACCUCCCAAAGUGCUGGGAUUACAGUCAUGAGCCACCACACCCAGCUAGGGCAGCUCUUCUUAUCCGUGCUGCUGCAGGCUCUCUCCCUACAUAAGCCUCUUUUGAGUAUUUCCAAGAAGGGAGGAGACUGUGCCUCCUGGGGCACACUGUGCAUCUGCAUGUUACAAGGAGGCUUCUUUCUGUGUUAGAGCUUGCCUUCCUUACCUGUGUUUGCAUCCUGAUCUCUCUCAGGCUGCUCUUUGCUAACAGAGAAUUGACCUCAGCUGGGCAUGGUGGCUCACGCCUGGAAUCCCAGCACUUUGGGAGGCCAAGGUGGGUAGAUCACAAGGUCACAAGUUCUAGACCAGCUUGCGCAAUACAGUGAAACCUCAUUUCUACUAAAAAUACAAAAAAUUAGCCGGGUGUGGUGGCACACACCUGUAGAUGAAACUACUCAGCAGGCUGAAACAGGAGAAUCGCUUGAACCCGGGAGGCAAGAUAGCACCAAUGCACUCUAGCCUGGCUGAGAGAGCAAGAUUCCAUCUCAAAUAUAUAUAUAUAUAUAUAUGAAUAGGGUGUGGUAGCUGUAAGGCCGGCUGCCUUGCUGGGAGGCUGGACACACCUACCUCUGCACUCAGCACCUGACUCUGCACCCAGUACCUAGCUCUGCCGCAUGGCUCCCCUGGAAGGCUCCGGCUGAUGCAACCCUGGACGGCUCUCGCACGGGAAAAGCCACCCAACAACCCGCCAACCAAUAGCGGCCCGCCCCAUCCCAAUCCCGCUCCCCUGGAGCCAAUCAGAGCACCCAGCUGUUGCUCGAUCCUCACAGCCAUAAAAACCCCAUGCCCCAGGAAGUCAGCGCGACUUCUCUGGCCCCCUUUCCCCAGACCAUAGAACCUCGCCUGAGAGCUGAAUAAAUUGGCAUUUAAUUUUCUUAUACCGGCCUCAGUUUUCUCAUUUUAAACUCGGCAAUAACCCUUACAGUAGCAUGCGCCUGUGGUCCCUGCUUCUUGGGAGGCUGAGGCGGGAGGAUCACUUGGGUCCCAAGGGUUGAGACUACAGUGAGUCAUCAGUGGUCACUGCACUCUAACAGGAGUGAAAAUGAAGCUGCUUCAGAAGGAAGAAGUUUCUUUCCAUUGUUUUUUCCCCACCCCAUCGCCAGCAGGGAUUCCCUGUAGAAUUUCCUAAAGAACUAAGAAAACGUCUUCCUUCUUUCAGACAAGAACCCCUCCCUAGGAAGCUCAUCAAAUGACCAGGAAAGAUUAACCAGGCCAGAAAAGACUUUUCACCCAUUCUUCCAAAGGCAGCUGGGAGAAAUCCCUGGACAGUUUCGAAACCCAGGAACAGAAAAAUAGGAGGGUGGGCUGACAACCCAACAUCCAGUUUCACAUGUGAAAUGUUCACAAACAGAAAACAAGCCUUUCACGAAAUUGCAAUCUAGGGCUAGGUGGAAAAGGUGACAAUUAAAACACUGUGUCUGUUUGAAAUGUAGCAUGGGGAACAGUUAAUGUGAAAUGGCCGGGCGUGGUAGCUCCCACCUGUAAUCACCUGAGGUCAGGAGUUUGAGGCCAGCCAGGCCAGCAUGGUUGUGGUGUUCACGCCAAGGGCUCGAGACAGCUAGUUGACUCGCCCCAGUUUGGCUGCUGGACCUGUCUGCAUUUCCCCACCUCGAGGGCUGUCGAGUGAGACAGGGCCAUGAGCUGACUCACUAAAAGCAACAAUAGAAGGCAAAGCAAAGGCCUGCAGUUUAUGAGGACAUUGUGCUGUCUGCUUCCAUGUCCCCCUUCAGUCUCUGUGUAAGCAAUAAACUUGCUGCAAUUGAGAUGCCUAAGAGGGGCAGAGACCUCUGCCCAUAUUUUCCCUGGAGCCAAACCUUUGUUUUAGCUCCUGGUGAAAAACAGGUUUAACCAGCCACCUUAAGGGCGCCAUUGUAUCUUUGAAAUGUAAAAUCUUUGAAAUGUAAACUACUAUCACUAGCCCCCUUAAACUGCUUUCUGAGCGGAUAUCACAAGCCCCUGAUAACUAUUUUUUAUGGAGUUUCUGUUUCCUUUCUGUCUACCCCUUUCUUUCUUUCUUUCUGCUGAGAUAAGGUAAAUGUAAACAAGAAAAAAGGUAUAAAAGCUGUAACCCACAAAAAUAAAUUUGCUGCGUUUUGGCCAUAAUCUUCACGCAGCCCUCCAGA